UAACAAAUUUUAAAAAUAAUUUCUUUAAUAUUUAACCAAAAAUUUAUCAAAAUUUUGUAUUAAAAAAAUAAUUCAAUAGCAGGUUGCACGUGAAAUACUUAUUUUUUGAUAUUUACUUGUUAUAGUUACUUUUUUUGUUGGUUUUUUUUAUUUACUAUUAAUAAUAAUUAAAAAAUCUCAAAGAUAUGAAUUCAUAUAAUAUAUAUAUUUAUGAAAAGAUGAUAUUAAAUAAAGAUAUUAAAAAAAUUAUUUUUAAAAUCUUAUUAAUUAAGUUUAUCAACUUUUAUAGUUGAAUUCAAUAUAAUUCCUACACUUAUUAUCACAAAUGAAAUAAUUUUUAUAUCUCUUAACAAAGUUACACACUAAAUAUAAGAUUUUAUAUCUAGUUUUCUUAUAUUUAAUCUAUGUUGUAGCAUUCAAGAAUUGAUUGAUAUUUUUAUUAUUUAAUUUAUUUAUUUAUUAGUUUCAUUAACGAUAUUCAAAGAUGGCACUGACUCUCAAACUUUUCUCAAACUUUUACUUUUAUUUCUGUUCUUUUCUUUCUAUUUGUUCUUAUCUAUUCUUGUUCUUAGCGAGUGAUUAUACAUGAGAUAGAGAACAAUAUCUUUUUAAAAAAAUUAUAAUAUCUUGAUCUUUAAUGUAAAAUUUAUCCAUAGAUAUUAGAUUAUUAGCUUUAAAAUAUCUUUCUAUGGCUGAUGUCUAGGGAUAUUAUUAAUUUUUCUUUAAACAAACAUAUGCUCCUUAUAAUACUAUUUCGAUAACGCAUGCGCAAGACUAUUUGAAAUCAAAACCCUCUGGAACCUUUAUACUUUUAUUUUAGUUCUGAUACAGUGAGCUUAAGUUAAACAAGGUUCAAAAUAUAUUCUAAAAUAAUAUUUUUAAUUUCUUCUAAAAAAGAAAUUCUAAAAAAGAAUUCAAAAAUAUAGUUUUCAAGAAAAAAUUUUCAAAUUGAAUAUUUAAAAAUUAGUGAAAAAUAAAUGUUAAUCAAAUAAUUGAAUGAUUUGUGAUAAUGGCAAAAUUUUUAGCCACAAUCAAAGCAAUUAUUACUCGAUUAGUUUUUGCAUCUCAUGGUUUUAUUGCAAUUUGGCAAGUAACUACAUUUAAAAAGAAUUCUUUAUUUUGGUAUUUGAGCUGCCCAAUUCUAUUAUUGUUUUUUGAAGGAAUUUUCACACUUACUAUAAAAGAAAAUCAAGAAUGGAAAUGGUUUUGUCCUUCAGUUUUCUUAUAUCUAAGCAGUGUUGUUCCUGCAAUAUGGCUUUUAGAACUAGAUAAAGUUGACAGAAGAUUAAAAACAUUUGAAACGAAUGUGAAUAAAUCCGAGAAUUUGGAUUUAACGAAUUUGGCUGCUAAAGAUUUAAAGCAUUUAGAAAAAGCAUUAGGUGUGAACAUACAUUUACCUAACAUAAAAAUAUCAAAAGAAACUUGGGUAACUCUGAUUGAACAAUUUCUAAUGUUAAUUUUAAUCAUUGGAAGAUGGAUGUUACCAAAAGGAGAUUUAACCAGGGAUCAAUUGAGUCAAUUAUUAUUAGUGUAUAUUGGAACAGCGGCAGACAUAAUUGAAUUCUUUGAUUCCUUCAAGGAAGAUCGCAUAGCUCGUGAACCUGUCCUAGUUUAUUUAACUUUGGGGAUUUGGGCGUGGUCCUUAAUGCAAUUCACGGUUGUUCUAACGGCUACUAAAUCCCGGAAGUCUAGAUUGUCAUCCGGAAAUGCUGUCAAAAGAAGAAUACAAACUGAAACUAGUUGCUGUAGCAUAGAUGUUUGGGGAAUUACUUUAAAUAUGAUUUUACAGGAUGGACCAUUUCUUGCAUUUAGAUUAAUUUUAAUUGUCCAUUAUCGCAUAGUCAGCUAUAUGAAUAUUUUCUUCACGUGCAAGAAUACUCUAGUGAUUCUCUUGCAACUUUAUCGACUGUAUGUAGUUCAGACGGAAAAUAGGAGCAAAAGAAAGAAGAAAUCUGAAAUAUCGAAUAUCAGUAUUAUAUCGAGAGAGGAUAUUUAUAAAGAUGUGAAAUACAAAAUAUCUGAAGAAAAGCGAAGAAAAAAAAGAAAAGACAAAGAUAUAGAAGCUAAUUAUAUAGAAAGUGAAGAAACAAUAGAAGAAACAGAUAAAUUUGAUUCCUCUCCGAGAAAUAUUAGAUCUUCAAAAAAAAAAACGCGCCAAGAUACUGGAUAUUCUACUUCUAGUUCUAGAAAUUCUGGAAAGCAUGAAAAAUCUCAAAGAAAUAAAAAAAAAAUAUCACGCGAAGAAAUUGAAAUUUUUAGUGAUGAUGAGAAACAAAAAAGAAAAAUUAACAGAAAUUUAUCGAUAAAAGGAAACAAAAAGUAUACGGAAAGUAUCAAAAUGAAAUCUAGAAAUAAUGAUUCUAGUAAAAGUUCCAGCAAGAAUCAGAAAUACAAAGAAGACAGUGAAGAAUUAACAACAGAAGAAAUAACUGAUAAAACAAUUAGCGAAGAAAGUGAAUCAGAAUCAGAAAGAAAAAGGUAUAUUUAUAGAAAACGAAGACAAAACAGAGACUGACAACGAUAUCUCGGUAUAAUCACUCUCUUAUUUGUCUAUUUUGCGAUCCUCAUUAUUUGCAUGCUUUUUAUACACGCUGGGAUCAACAAUGGCGUUAUA